GAGGGUGUCAUUUCACGUACCCCCUCACCGAACACUUUCGGCUCUUAUCGUCUCGGACAGCUUCAAUCACACCCGGCAGAAAAAGAAUAUAGCAGUAGCAGACGGAACUGACGGAAGAUGACUCGUCGUUUCGUGCUUGUCAUUGUUCUAACACUCCUGACUUGGGGCGUCCAUUCAGAAUCCGCGAUACUUGACAACCAAAAGACCAACAUACUGCCGGAAGACGAAGGUAAACCAUUAUCUGAGAUCCAGGAAGCAAAAGAUCUCUUGAGAGAGCUUGAAGGCACUACCCUCUCUGAUGAAGUACUGCAGCUUCUCCGCCUCCUGGAUGUACCGACUGCAGCAACGCAUGAAGGCUCUGGAGGAGAAAUUGAAGGCACCACAGGAAACGGGACAGGUAUGUUUGAUGACGACAACGAAGGCCAUGAAGACCCUGAUGGAGACAUUGACGGAGACAUCUACGGAGACACUGAUUUAGACGCUGGUGGCAGCAGCGUAGACCAUGAUGAAGUCGCUGGAAACACUGAUGGCUACAACGAGGGCGACAUCAAAGCGCAAGCCAAUGAUGGAGACAAUGAAGACAAAGAAGGAGUCAGCGAGGAUUCCAGUGGGGACAUUGAGGACAUGAAUAUGGAGAAUACAGUACGAGGCACUGGGGUACAUGGGGCAACCUUUCAGAUCCGUUCACAAAGUAACGUUUCAUCAACAUGCGAGGUGCCUGUGGACCUAUUUUGGCUUCUUGAUGGCUCUAACAGCGUAGGAACUGCAAACUUUGAAAAGGUGAAACAGUUUGUCGUCGAUGUGGUCAACAGUUUCGACGUCAGCCCGACUGCCACCAGGGUUGGUGUUGUACAGUAUUCUAACAAGAACAACCUGAUGUUUAACCUUGGAGACAAAGCGGACAAGCCAUCUACAGUGAGUGCCAUUAACAGCAUCCAGUACCAGGGAGGCGGCACAUAUACCGGGUAUGCUCUGAAGUACGUCCGUCAGAAGGCAGCAUGGAGGGGAGGAAAUGUGCCAAAAGUAGCGGUCGUGUUGACAGACGGAGAAUCAUAUGAUUCCGUCUCGGUGGCCGCCCAGAACCUGCUCUCGGAUGGUGUUGAAGUGUUCGCCGUCGGCGUGGCAGGCUUCAAACAUGUGCAACUCCUAGCGAUUGCCAACAGCAACGAGACCAAUGUGAUUGAGUUAAACGAUUUCAAUGACCUAACAACAAAGAUUGGCGAGAUUGCCAAAAAAGUCUGCUCAUAUGCCUCAGAAGGUCCCCGUGACCAUGCUUUCGAGGUUCUGCGUACCGCCAACCAAAAAUAUCAAGGGGUCGACUUCCUCGUCAUCGAGGCAAGGCUGCCAGUUGACGGUGUGUCCGGCUUUGAAAGCUGGUGCAGGGACUACCAACGUCUGUGUGAGCAGUAUGGACUGAGACCUACCGGCUGUGGGGAAAAAUACACUACCUGGAACAGUGGUGGGAGCCGUUCCACGUGCCCAACUGAGUACAACUCCGAUAUGUACAUCAACAACGUGCUGGGUUGUUACCCUAACGAUGGUGUGAAGGAGGUGGCGAACAUGGCUUUCUCGGCCGGGGCUACAGCCACCAAUAGUUUCGGUUUUUCGUACUGCGCUCAGAAAUACUGUCAACGUAAAAUAGACAAGUGUAGAUACAGUUUGUACGAAAAGACAGUAUCUUCAUAUCCGGACGGAGACAGGAUUGUGUACACUGUGUGCAAAGGCUCAGCAGAUACUGACGACUGUGCUGCCAACCCGUGUGUGAACGGUGACUGUGUGGACGUAGUGAACAGUUACACAUGUACUUGUCACUCAGGGUACGAAGGAAUCAACUGUGAUAAAGAUAUCAACGGCUGCUCUCCCAACCCGUGUCAUACCGAGGCUACCUGUGAAGACAUCCCGGCUCCCGGGACAGGUGCGAAGUGUACCUGUAAGCCUGGUUUUGUGGGCGAUGGGACAUCAGGCGGAUCCGGAUGUAAAACCAAAGAUAUUGACCACUGUGCUGCCAAUCCGUGUGUGAACGGUGACUGUGUGGACGGAGUGAACAGUUACACCUGUACCUGUCACUCAGGAUACGAAGGCACCAACUGUGAUAAAGAUAUCAACGGCUGCUCUCCGAACCCGUGUCAUACCGAGGCUACCUGUGAAGACAACCCGGCUCCCGGGACAGGUGCGAAGUGUACCUGUAAGCCUGGUUUUGUGGGUGAUGGGACAUCAGGCGGAUCCGGAUGCAAACCCAAAGAUAUUGACCACUGUGCCGCCAACCCAUGUGCGAACGGUGACUGUGUGGCCGGAUCAAACGGUUAUACCUGUAGCUGCUACUUAGGAUACGCAGGAACCAACUGUCAUGAAAAUAUUGACGACUGCGCUGCCAACCCGUGUGUGAACGGUGACUGUGCGGACGGAGUGAACAGUUACACCUGUACCUGCCACUCAGGUUACGAAGGGACUAACUGUGAUAAAGAUAUCAACGGCUGCUCUCCCAACCCGUGUCAUACCGAGGCUACCUGUGAAGACAUCCCGGCUCCCGGGACAGGUGCGAAGUGUACCUGUAAGCCUGGUUUUGUGGGCGAUGGGAAAUCAGGCGGAUCUGGAUGUAAAGAGACGGAACUGUCAGCUUCUACCACCUGCACCAAUGAAUACAUGGAGCUGUCAAUUCCCAAGGAUCAACUGACUAACAUCGACCAGGGCAGUCUUCACUGGAAGCCAGACCAGAACUGUGGUGCCACAGCUAACAGCACCCACUACAUUUUCCGUACAGACCUGUACAGCUGUGGAACUCAGGCAACCUUCGGCUCAACGUACGUCACAUUCCUGAACAGAAUCAACAUCCUAGGUAUCCACCCAAACAGUGGGGUCAUCACCCGAGAGGACGACAUUUGGAUCACCUCAAAAUGCAAGUACGAGCGCCAGGAGUGGGUGGACUCCACCUUCCUGCCCAUCCCGGGUGGACUGAACUUUACGGAGGAGGGGUUCGGGCAGCUGGAGGUCCGUCUCUCCAUGUUUCCCACACAUCAGUACCAGAAUCCAUACCGGGGUAGUCAGUAUCCCAUUCAUCUCAGGAUGCGACAGCACAUCUACAUGCAGCUGGAGGUACAGGGGCACGGGCAGAAACUCUCCGUCUUGGCACUGAACUGUAAGGCUACCAUGUCACCUCGACCCGACGACACUCCGCAGUAUCAACUCAUCAAGGACGGAUGUGCUUCUGACUCCACUCUGCAUUACUACAACAUUAACGACCACAGCAAGGAACGCUUUGGUUUUGAGGCGUUCCGCUUUAUCAAGGACCUGAAGACAGUGUAUGUGCACUGUGAAGUGAUGGUCUGCGACGGCGCUGAUUCUAGGUCUCGCUGCGCACAGGGUUGCGUCAAGAGGGGUAAAAGAGCUACUGGAGAGAAGACCGACAUGACGGGACGUCACAUGAUUUACCAGGGACCAAUCAUUCUGGAUGAUGACAAAGAAGAAACCCUGCGCCUGACGAGUGACCAGGAGACUGCCUCUGGCCACCAAAACGCACCCUGGGCCAUGCUGGCUGCAGGAGGAGGGCUGAUGGCGCUCGCCCUUGUCGUGAUGGGCGCCGCCAUCGUGCUGAAGUGGUCCCGCCGUGAGGAGUGGGCCUACCAGGGUCUGCCUAACAUGGCGGAAGACGGGGAGUAAGGGAUAACCACGAGGCCAGCGAGGCUGGUGUUAUGUUUAACACCCUUUAACGUCAGUAUGCCGUGAUGUGCCUUGCAGCCUUCAGUUCUGAAUACGGUUGAACGAUUCCUUGUGAAAACCAGUCGGGCAACAUCUUUGACAGGUUGCCACAAUUCGUCAUUUGUAUUUUGAUAAAGUUCAAAACAUUAGCCCGUAAUGUUUUAGCUAAGAGUAUUAUAUUCCAGACUAUUUUCUGUGUUAAUCUAUCAUUAAUGGAAACUUUGAGGAAAUUUCUGGAUGUAUUUUGAUGGAUUAACUUUUAGUAAUAUAUUUUCGGUAGAAAUGGAUAAAACAAGUUACUUCUGAGUGCAAAAAAUGACAAAACAUGCAGGUAUAUUGCAGCCUGAGUACCAAGUUGUUUAUUUCAAGAUCAGUGUGUUGCCGGUGUGGCUUAUCUGCUGUUGGGCUCAGAACCAAGAGGUUCUUAGUACGAAACUCGCCAUGCCUUCUUUUUGCCUUUGACGUUUGAUAUUUUACACAACUGUCGAUCAAGUGACGCCAAUCAAGCCUCUUUAUUGAUGUGUCAAAAAAUAUUAAAGUGGCCGGGCCCAAAAUCUUUUUUUUUCAGUGCGCCAGUGUAUACUGGUUUUAGUGCGCCAAUGUGACAUUAUAUAUGUGGCAACCCAUGCCAAAAAGUACAAUACGAUUGUUUUCGUUUCAUUGUCACCACCCUUGCAUGCUGGCACUAACUACAGCAUUGGGGAUCCAAGCCGGAUAGCUUUAAAUAAUGCCCUUACGUACUUAAAAAAACUACAUUUCAUCCAGAA